AUGGUUGUUGCGCUUGACUUGGCGGUGUUAACGUUAGGCUGCAGGUUUGAGCUCAUUCACCACUUCACUCAGCUCCAUGUCGACUUCGGAGCUACUCAAAUCGGCAUUACCAAUGGCAACACCAAUAAUGGCCUUGACCAUGCCGGAACCAGUUCCACCGACGAGGUUGGGACCAUCGGGUAUGCGUCUGGAGGUGGAGAGCUUACCAAUCACCUUCACAAUGGAGGCACCAGUGUCGGCGGCUUCAUCCAUGACUUCGGUCACAACCACAUCGACAACGUGACAGGCAGUGACGUGAAUGGAUCCGACGGCAUCUUCGGCAAUGGAGAUGACAUCAACCAAGGCAACUGGUUCGAGCAUUCCCAGUACCUCAGGACCGACCAGAUUCCAUCUGACGACUUCGUCGUUGGAGGACGCCAUAUCAACUCGUCGUAUGCCAACAACGACACCGACAACAACAAGUACUGGGGCGGCGCCUCUGGUUCCGGCUGCAACCCCAACGGCUCUGGCAUCAGCGGCUGCACUGCCGGCUCUGCUUCUGGCUACGACAACGGAUGGCAGAGGGAUCCCCUCACCGGCGGUUACAUCACCUACGGCAUGCACAGCACUGGCCCCAUCAGUGCCGUUGGAGGAGCUUUGAAGUGGCCCCGCUGGCCCGACGCUCCCAACACUGACUCCUCCAAGUACUACUAG